AUGGCCGGAGGACAGAUGGCCCCCGGACAGAUGGCCGGAGGACAGAUGGCCGGAGGACAGAUGGCCGGAGGACAGAUGGCCGGAGGACAGAUGGCUGGAGGACAGAUGGCCCCCGGACAGAUGGCCGGAGGACAGAUGGCCGGAGGACAGAUGGCCGGAGGACAGAUGGCCGGAGGACAGAUGGCCCCCGGACAGAUGGCCCCCGGACAGAUGGCCGGAGGACAGAUGGCCCCCGGACAGAUGGCCGGAGGACAGAUGGCCCCCGGACAGAUGGCCCCCGGACAGAUGGCCCCCGGACAGAUGGCCCCCGGACAGAUGGCCCCCGGACAGAUGGCCCCCGGACAGAUGGCCGGAGGACAGAUGGCCGGAGGACAGAUGGCCCCCGGACAGAUGGCCGGAGGACAGAUGGCCCCCGGACAGAUGGCCAGGGACAGGCUCCCUGGACAGAUGGCCCCCUGGACAGAUGGCCCCUGGACAGAUGGUGGCUGA